AUGAAGGUCCUCGUCCUCGGUGCCUCCGGCUUCAUCGGUCUUCCUGUCGCCCUCGCGUACGCCCGGGCAGGCCACAUCGUUUACGGAACUGCUCGUGACGCCAAGACUGCCCGCAAGCUCGCCAUCCAUGAGAUCAUCCCGCUUGUAACCCCCGCGACGGCUGGACACGGCUUCAGUGUCUGGGGCAAGAUCGCCGCCGAGGUCGAUGUUAUCAUCGACACAAUUCGUUCAUCCGAGGCGGACACGCCACUGGCUGCUCUCCGUGGGGUCGAGGAGAUCCUUUCGCGCGGCGUUGCUAGCACACGCGUCACAUACAUCUUCACUGGUGGCGCGUGGUCGCACUCUCGCGGCAACGGAGGCCUUGACAAGUGGUCGAGUGAGCAGCUCCCGCCAACGAGCGACCUCGAGGUCGCGGCGUGGCAGCGCCCCGUCGAGGAGGCCGUGCUGAGCUCUACGCGCGUCAACGGCAUUGUCAUCCGCCCUGGAACGCUGUACGGUCGCUCGGGGAGCAUGCUCGAGCCGUUCCUCCUUGCGCCCGCGUACGAUGCCGCCAAGGCCGGCCGCGAGUUUGACGCCGUGGGUCUCCCCGACACUCGCCUCCUUAUGGUGCACCAGGACGACCUCGCCGACCUGUUCCUGCGCGCUGGUGAGCGCGGCCCGCUUCUCGCCGGCUCGGCCCUCGUUGCGUGCAAUGCCCAAAGUGAACGCUGGACCGAUAUCCUCGACGCCGUAGUCCGCGUCUCCGGUGCUAAGGGAUACCGCAUGCGCGCCCCGUCUGAUAAGGUCCCUGCCGAGGUUGCGUGGGCCUCGACGACCCUUCUCCGCCCUACGCUCGCCCACUCGCUCACGGGGUGGACGCCGCGCAAGCCCGGCCUCGUUGACGGCAUCGACAUGUACUGGCCCUCGUUUCACAGCGGGAGCCCUCCCCGUUCCAGCCCCCUCGCCGGCUAA